CCUGAGAGAUUGGGCCAGGUGGUGCUAGUUGACUUUUAGAGGGCCGGUCUUUCGCCACGUCGGCACCCUUUUCAAGCAGCUCGCAACCCGUUAAGAAAAUGUCUCGAGAGACUCGGCACACACCCCCUGUGCGCCUGACGGGCGACUUCAUUGGUCAUGGUGAUGAUUCUUCCCCAGUCAGUGAGGGUGGCACACCCUUGCGUUGGCGCGCCUCUUUGUUGAUGACUGUCAUGAGAAGCCAAUAUGUCGCGAAUUUCAUGGUGGUCGUCGUGUUGAUCGACACUUGCUGCACCUGCAACGCCAUCGAUGCGCGUGCGGGGAACCGUGACCCAUCCUUAGCCGUGCUAUGGAUUUCGGAUAUUUGCCUUUGCUUGUACACCCUGGAGGCCGUUAUCUGGGUGACUUUGACAGGCAUGAAAUUCUUACAGGAUUGGAUGAUGGUGAUGGAUGUGGGCAUUGUGUCCUGCGGCUGGCUGGAGAUCCUGCUCACGCAGUUCACCGCUGCGGCGGACGUCCUGGGCUUUCGGAUCAAGGUCCUACGCGUCCUACGUUUGGUCCGCAUCUUUCGCCCCAUCCGGCUGCUUAAGCGGGUGAGGGCCCUGCGCGAGUUGUACAAGCUUGCCAUGAUGAUGGCCACAGUUUUCAGAACACUUCUUUGGUGUUUCCUGCUGUGUUUCAUCGUGAUGACUGGCUGGGCCAUGUUGAUGGUUGAAAUCGUCUAUCCAGCAGUGCAGGACAUGCACAGGACCGAGGGCCACUUUGCAAAUUGCGAGCAGUGCCAAAGGGCCACAUCUUCCGUCAUGGACGCAAAUCUCUUGCUGUUCAAAACAGUCAUCGCAGGAGACGGUUGGGGUGAGAUUGCUGUGCCGGUUAUCCAGGAACAUCCGGGCACGGCAAUCAUUUUCGUCGGUUCACUCCUCACACUUGUUUUUGGCGUAGUGAAUUUGAUCGUCGCUGUCGUGGUAGACACGUUUGCAGAUGCGCGACAAAAUGAUGUCCAGAAUCUUGCGGAGGAGAUGGAAGAUGAGAUAGAGCAUGAUCGAAGAGCUCUAGCAAAGCUCUUUGCAAGGAUCGACAAAGACAAAAGCGGACAGUUGACCCUACACGAGCUGAUUGAAGGUGCACGGCACGACCGAGCCUUCCAAAGCCGAUUGAGGGUCAUGGAUAUCGAUGAGCAGGACCUUGAACAGCUCUUUCACAUGAUUGACGCGGAUCAGUCUGGAACCAUUGAAAUCGCUGAGUUUAUUGGACCAUUGAGCAGGUGGGCCCACGAUUCCAAGACAGCACCACGCUUCAUCAAAUACAACAUGCUGCAGUCCAUGCACCUUCAAGAGGAUCUCUACGACCUCUCGGUGGAAUGCUUCCGCGAAUUGGCCGGGCGCAUCGAUGACCUGGCCUUGGAGCUGAACCUGAAACCGGGUGCGAAAGAUGCCUCCGGCUCACCGGUCGUGCGGGCCGUGGAUGAGGAGCCAUCCGGGUCGCCCCACAUGACACGUGUGCCAUCAGACUACAGCAAAAGCCACGCAGAAGCAGACAAGGGCCUCAUGGCGGCGGUCGAUGCGGCUGUCGAGCAGUCCGUAGACAUCUCACUUCAGGCAGCCAUAGCCAAGAUUGAAGCAAAGUUGGAUUUGCUCUUCCAAGAAAGUCGGAAGCCAAGGAUGUAUCGCUCGGAAAGCCUGCAAAGCUUGAAGCGCGUGCAUGGCACAUCAGGCCAGCCGGCGCCACAUGACCGUUUGGCCAUGAAACGACCGCCUCUCGACCCGCAAGCCUUCCGAACGCUCUACAUGAGGAAAUCGACAAUGACGAGUAGUCCACCCUUGUUCAUUCCAAGUGAUGGUCUCAAUUCCUGGGCUUCCGCAUCCGCAGAAACGUACAACCCUUUUGCUGGGUCGACGGCGCCGAGAGGCACACGACUGAAAAAGAACCCAACUGAGGAGUCCGCCGGCCGGGGGACUACAUUGAGGCAAGAGACCAUGGAAACCAUCGAUGAAGAGGAUGUGGUCAUGGAGAACUCUGUCAUCUAACAGUCCGUUUGCCAAAUUGACUUGCGAGCCGCCGCGACAGUUCUGCGCAGAAAUUGUAGCACUGAUUGCAGGCUUGUGAGGUUUUGGUGGUCUUCAAUGUUUUUG